AUGGCCGCAGUAGACCCGACAUACCCUCUCUACCCCAUUGCCUCAAUCGUAUCCGCAACACUACUGCUCCUGGUUCUUCUGACGAGUCUUGUCCGGAGAAGCUGGAAUCUCGGCGUCGCUUCACUCUGCUUCUGGUUCUUCUUCGAGAACCUCACCGCGGGUGUCAACGCCGUGAUAUGGGCCAAUAACGCGGACGUCAAGUUCUACGUGUAUUGCGAUAUUGUCUCGCGUGUACAAGCCAUCACAUCCGUUGUGAAGCCCAUGGCAACCCUCAUCAUCACUCGACGGCUCUACUUGAUCAUCAAUCGGCGCGCUGUAGACUUGAUUGACGACGGAGCGCGACGGAGGAACACUGCGCUGGAGUGGACUCUGAGCUUGGCGGUUCCUCUCAUCGUUGCGGGGCCUCUAUACUACAUCGUUCAGUCAGAUCGCUUCGAAGUCGACGAAGGCUUCGGAUGCGCAAACACUCAAGAUGGAUCGAUCUUGGACGUCUUGCUGAUCUGGUCAUGGAACGUAACCGUUCCGCUCUACUCCAUCGUUGUCUACUACUCUAGAGUGGCGUUGAGCUUGUACCGGCACAGCCGAGUAGUCGAUCGUUUCCUGCGCGACAACGGCUCGCUCUCACGCAACACCUACCUCCGACUGUUCGCGUUGGCAAGCUUCGACAUCCUCAUCACGCUGCCCGUUGGCAUCGCAUCUAUAGUGCACUUUGUGCAGAGCUCCAUGGCGCAAGGGUCUGUCCCAUUCUACUUCGGCUGGACGUACGACCAUACGGAUUGGGAACCGGAGAGCGUAACGUACGCAGAGCUGGAAGCACUCGGGACCUCCACUAUAGUGCAGUCGUACUUCACUCGAUGGACGGCUCCUGUGCUUGCCUUCGUCAUCUUCGGGCUCUUCGGCACUACGACUGAAGCUCGCGCAACGUACUGGCGCAUUCUUGGCAAGGCAGGAGGCUGGGCCAGAUGGGUACCCGCCUUGCGUGAGCGAACAACCGUAGCGUCAUCGGCCGAUACACUCAGAUACGGUGGAUGGUCUGACAAUACGACCCGUAGUUCCGAUGAAGGAUCACGUACGAGCAUUAUCCGCGCAGGGGCACCGGUGCCCAAGUUUGUAGACGCGAAUAGUAGUGAUGAGGGGAGAAGCAGGUCCUAUACCCAUAUCACGGGAUCGUUAUGCGAAGCCACCUCGAAGGCUGAAUGUGCCGGAUGGUCAACAUGCGCCAGUGACUGUGCCGCUGAAGACGUACCUUCCAUGGUCCUGCGCGUUGCAUACAUAGACGAUACAGGUGGCCUUGGCAAAGAUAUCUGCACGGCGUCUUGA